AUGGAAGGAGAAGUUGAAGCAGAAGGAAAGAAAUGGCUGCUUACAGCUCUGACAAGUCCUCUGAAACCUAUACACACAAAAAAAGAUGAGCACAAGAAAGAAUGUGGUGAUGCGCAUGACCAGGCUGCGUUUGAUGAAGAAAAGUGCACUACACCAUCGUCUGAUGAAUCAAGAAUCCCCAGUAGUAGGCUUUCCCAGUGUCCAGGGGCUCCGAGAAAGAGGAAAUCAUGUUCAAGAAUUGAUAAAUUUUGUGGCAAAAGUAUCGGUAGAGAAUUUUUUAGUCCUCCUGAGCUAGAAAGCUUGUUUAUGAGCUCUGUUGAUCAUCAGAGAAGCAAGUUUUCUUGA